AUGGCUUCGCUGUUCCAGGGGCGGGACUUGGAACUCCAUGAAAUGAAUAAAGCACCACAGCCUAUAGCAGGACCCCCGCACCCCGCCCCCUCCCCCGGCCUCCCACAGGCCAACUUUCCCCCUGGGCAACCUCCCUCCAUGGUCUUUGCCAGCCCACCGCCUCCACAAAUGAACCCCACACCUCAGCCCCGACAGACCCACACCCUGGCGGGCAAAGAUCCCACACUCAGCCCCAAAAGGCACCAGUCUGUCAGCAUGCCCUGCUUGUGUUCGCCCCCGGGCCCCGGCCUAUACACCAACAGGUGUGAUCUGUGGUCUGACCUCUGGUGUGACCUGUGGUCCAUACUACACCAACAGGUCAGGCCUGCCCUCGGGGCCGGGCCCCGGGGCCUGCCCCCCAGCAGCGCCCCGCGGCCCGUGGCCCCCACCCACGUGUACCAGGCGGGACCCGGCUCCCAGAUGAUGAUGAUCCCCCAGCAGCCACUAGCCUUCCCCAGCUCCCCGCAGGGCACCGCCUACUUCAUUCCUGGACAGUACCGGCCCACCUACGUGACCACGCCCCAGCAGUACUCCCUCCCGGCGGGCACGCCCGGCUUCUACCCCAGCAGCACGGCGGAUUACGGUCCUUAUGCGGGGGCCUACUACCCGGCCCAGUUUGCGUCCCCUGUGCAGGCGGCGCCGGUCAUCAUGAGCCCCGCCCCACAGCAGCAGCAGCAGCAGCAACAGCAGCAACAGCAGCAACAACAACAACAGCAGCAUCAACAGCAGCAACAACAGCAACAACAUCAACAACAACAGCAGCAACAACAGCAACAACAACAGCAACAACAGCAACAACAUCAACAACAACAGCAACAAGCACAUCAGCAGCAGCAGCAACAGCAGCAACAGCAGCAGCAGCAGCAGCAGCAGCUGCAGCAGCAGCAGCAGCAGCCGACUCCACCUCCACCUUCCCAGCACAUCGCCACCAAGCGAGAACGCAAACAGGUAAAGUCACCCUCAUCCUCGUCUCACUUCUUAAAUGCUUUUUCGACUUUUCCCUUUGCUUUAGACUUAUGACGUAUGUAUACAUGUUAUACGUCUGCUAAGCUAGACCAAUCUAACUAUUACAUAGCAGGACUGCUGGAUCCGAGAUGACCCUCAUCCUAACAGCACUUUGUCUAGAGGACUGAAGCUCUACUGUGUGCAGUUGGUGCAGAUGAUUUGGCUCUGAUCACUUGUUCCCCACGUUAGCACACUCAGCUAUUUUAUCGUACUUUUGAGAAUCUUCUUCACUUUAAGUGGAAACCAAAUGGCAAAAUAGAUGUUGGAUAUUUGUAGUCUCACGUUUUAAGAUGAUUCUUCUGUUGGCGAAGCUUCCAAAUGUAACAAUGAAAAUAUGAACUUUAUCCCUACAGACCUACUCCUAAAGUCUGAUAUGGCCUAUUUAGUUUCUAUAUAGAAGUAAGGGUAGGUUCCAAAGGUCAGCUAGGGAAUGUUUAAGGUCAGAGCUUAGUGAGUAUGUUAAUUGAAUGUACAUAAUGAUGGAACGUUUAAAUCGGCUCAACUUGUAUCUCAACCAGAUCCAUUAUUCUGUGAGUGAAACCCAUUGGUGUAUCCAGUCCAACCUGGUUACCAGGUCACGUGUUUACACCGGGAAAUAGCCCAAUACGGACACUUAAAAGUCUCCACCAGAAACUGCAGUGUUUUUAGUGAUAUGCUGUAUCAGUGACUGUACUGCUGUUGUUUCAGUGCGAAGCCAACAGCGGGACCGGUUUUGCAAUGAUGUCGAGUUUCAAUCUGAGGCUCUGGAUGUUUCCUGAACCCUGUCCAACUUGGGGAUGGCUGCGAGAACUAAUGUCGUUCUGAACCGGCUCCCAGCCUGGUUCCUCUGUGAAAAAGGUUGCUCUCUGACAGAGCGGAACAGCUCUCCCAUGCCCUUUGAUGCUUUUCUUUCUGUGCUUUUCACACCAAAAGUGUUUGUCCACUCUCUAAUGCUUGGAUGCCUGGGGUCUGAUUCUGCACCUGUUUUACUGACCUGAUUUAGUGUUUUUUAUGGUAAAUGCAUUGUGUCAAGCCUUAAUGACAUGAUGGUUUGGUAAUUGAUCAUUUGAUAAUAGGUC